AUGGAAACAGGAUUGGGCAGUGCCCACUUGGCUGGCAUUCUUGCUCUGAGUAGACCAAGGGUUCUAGGCAGAAGGCUGCUGAGCGGAGGAGAGGCUGAUCCUGUGGCCGGCCUGGGCGACAGCUUAGAGAUGUCAGAGGGGUCUUCUCCACUCUUGGGGCCAUACCCACGCUGCCUGUGGCUCCGGGUACCAGGCAUCUAUGAAGAUGAGCACGGGAGGACCUGGGUGGCCUUUGUACGCAGAGUGAGCUUCUCCAACCAGUUUAUCAAAAGGAUCAAUUGGGUGCCAAAGGUGCCCGGGGAACGCCCAAUGAACAGAUUAAUUGUAUCCUUGUGGAAGAUUCCUAUUCGUCUCCAAGCUCCACAGGGCAUGGUCAAUCCAGUAGUGGCCACACUGCCCAGGAUGUGGCACUUGCACCCUGAGAGAAGGUACCUGGCCACCGAUUCCAGAUUCUGGGAGAUUUUGGACUACUACCAGAUGGGCUUCAGGGAGCAGCUGACCAUGGGCCUGAUGACAGAAGACCAGUGA